AUGGAGCUGUGUGACAAGUCUUGUCAGGAGGAAACUGAGGCCACUAGCAUGGCCCUCCCGGAAGACAUUGAUCUUCUGGAAGAUGAUGUCCAGGAGGCUAGUGUGGAGAAGCUUUCUCAUGAGGCUUCCUUGCGGAUGUCAGUUGCCAUACAAGACGCAGGGUUAGGUUUAGGGCGUUGCGUGAUUGACACGAAGCUUCCUUGGGAACUUCCGGGACUUGAGUUGGUUUUUGGUUCUCGUGCAAGCGUGCUUCCCAAAGCCAGUGAUGCCAUCUUACCGCAGGCGGUGCCUUUUCCUGUCAGGGAAUCUGUUGAAGAGGCAUCCUCUUCGCGCGACUGUGCGCAUCGUGCCAAGAAGGCCAGAGCAAGCGUUACCCUGGGAGCCUGCUUUCGAGAUGUUGUCAAUUUCAACCUUGUGGAAACUGACGCUGCGCUUGAAGAAGUCAAAUGGACCAGAGCUUUAGAAAUGUGGCUAUUCGUGAUCAUGGAGGACUCCAGCUGUUCUGCGAUAGGAUCCCGGAUUAGCCGCAAAAACGGAGCUGAUGCCAUGAAGUGUCUUCGUGAACUCUUCGGGAAGAAAGCAUCCAGUACCGUCGCAAAGCGUGGGAGUGCAAUGCAGAAGUUCGUUGUGUGGAUACACAAAGCUUGCCCAGGCGAGUGUGCCCUGCCAAUCACUUCAAAGCGUGUCGAUGAUUACAUCGAGCAACUACAGGAAGCUAAGGUCCGACCUGGAUCUUUCACAAGCUUUACUGAAGCUGUCAAUUUCUCAGUGCAUGUCGUGGGCUUGCCUUUCGAUUGUGACGGAUCUCUGAGGAACCCUUUCUCAGGAAAGCAGUUGUUCAGUCCUUGGGCUCGUGGGGCUGUUGCGCUGGAGAUACAGAAGAAAGCAGAGAGGAGGCAGAGCGCUGUCCUAACCACUGACAGCGUUCUUUACCUUGAGGCUCUCUUGAGCGACGAGGAUGAAGAUUUAGUCGACCGUUACGCUGCAGGAUGCAUGAUCUUCAGUUUGUUCAGCCGUAGUCGCAUUAGUGAUCUCAGAAAGGUCAAGGAUUGGAUUUUGGAUUUUGAUUGUUUGCAAAGCCACGGGCAAGGUUUCCUUGAGUGCAGCACUCGCAGUCACAAGACUGAGAAGGACGUCGCGGCCAUUGGUCUUGCCAUGCCCCUUGUUGCACCGGCUGUCGGCUUAGGUAAGGUGAGCUGGGCUGUUACAUUCAGCAAGGUUGCUUCUGCAGUAGGUUUGGGGUUCGUAGGUCGGCCUGAGGGGCCUUUGCUGCCCGCUCCGGACGUCACCGGAGGAUGGUUGUCCAGGUCGGUGACCACCUCCGAAGCUGGCGCUUGGCUCUGCAAGAUUCUUGAUAAGGGAGGGCAGCCAUCCCAAGGGAUCACAGGUCACAGCUUGAAAAGCACUACACUGACCUGGGCCUGUAAAUUUGGUUUCGAUAAGUAUUCCCGGUUACAACUUGGACACCAUGCCACUGGCGAAGGAACAUUGCACACCUAUGGCCGAGAUUACUUGGCGCCUGCCCUCAGGCGCUACGACGAAAUGUUGGCUGCAAUUCGUAACGGAACAUUCUUCCCUGACCUUACGCGCUCGGGCCGAGUGCGAGCCGCUGCACAAGUUCCGAAGGUGGAGGUCUCUGAUGAUGAAGUGCCUGAUCUCGGGUUGACCAGCUUCGCUUCAGAAGGUUCUUUUGAGGCCAUUGGUGUAGCAUCCGCCGGAGAGAAGAGUGAUGAAGAUCAGGUUGCAGCACCCACUGACCAUGAGCUGUCCUCCUCGGACAGCAGUAGCUCGCAGGACGAAGCCGUUGCAGGCAAGGACCACCCCGACUUGGACAACGACGAGAUGGCGUGUGCAGUCGCCCGCAGUUCGACCGGAGUUUUUGCGUGUGGGCGGAAGGUGACGUCCGAUUUCAAGGAGGGGCAAAGCCGCUCCGCGAUCCGAGCAUUGGCCGAGGCCGUUAAUGCUAUGAUGCAGCGAAAGUCGGCUGCAGAGAGUUUGUGA